GGGGGCUGGGGUGAGGGGGGGGCUAGAUCACCGGUUCUAGAGCUUUGGAGGCUCCCGGAAGGAGUUUUGUAAUAUAGCUCGGAGGGCGACAUUUUGCAAAUUCUGUUUAUUCAUCCAGUAUUUUUUUUUGCUGGGCGUGUAGUACACGCAGGUAGUACUUUAGGCACUGAGGCUGAAGCAAUGAACAAAACAGUGCCUGCCCUGGCAGAGCGGCCAUUCUGAUCUCCGGAUGACAGGGCGCAGCCGUGUGUUGGCCAUGCGGCACGUCGGGGGUGUGUCUCCCGUACUGGUGCGGAGGGACCUCUUUCUGACCAGGACUCUCUGCAGCCACGGCCCCAGCCAGCCCAGAGAGAAGAGGCCCGAGGAGGUGGCCCUGGGGCUGUACCACCGCCUCACCGCACUGGGAGCAGCCCUGGGGCACAGCAUUCGGCAGCGGGCGUCCUCCACGGCCAAGACUUGGUGGGACAGAUAUGAAGAGUUUGUGGGACUCAAUGAAGUUCGAGAGGCCCAGGGAAACGUCACUGAGGCAGAGAAAGUGUUCAUGGUGGCUCGAGGGCUUGUCCGGGAGGCUCGUGAGGACUUGGAAGGUCAGCAGACCAAGCUGAAGGAGGUGAGGGACCGCCUGGACCGCAUCUCCAGAGACGAUAACCAGUACCUGGAGCUGGCCACUCUGGAGCACAGGAUGCUGCAGGAGGAGAAGCGGCUUCGUGUGACCUACCUGCGCGCAGAAGACUCUGAGCGAGAGAAAUUCUCCCUCUUCUCUGCAGCCGUGCGGGAAAGCCAUGAGAAGGAGCGCACCCGGGCGGAGAGGACCAAGAACUGGUCGCUCAUCGGGUCAGUCCUGGGGGCCUUGAUCGGUGUGGCUGGCUCCACAUACGUGAACCGCGUGCGGCUCCAGGAGCUGAAGGCUUUGCUCUUGGAGGCCCAGAAGGGGCCUUUGAGCCUCCAGGAAGCCAUCCGAGAACAGGCGUCCAGCUACUCGCUCCAGCAGAGGGACCUCCGUGACCUCGUCGCAGACCUGAAGGGCCUGGUGCAAGCUGGGACCGGGCAGGGCUCUUUGUCCCAGGCAGGUUCUUCCCCCACCCGAGACAGAGACACAGAUGUCCUUUCAGCUGCCUUGAGAGAGCAGCUUAGCCAUUCUAGACAGGUCCGUUCACGUCUAGAGGGUUUACGAGAGCAGCUUGAUGGCCUGGAAAAGACCGUGAGCCAAGUGGCUGGGGUGGUUCAGCUUGCAAAGGCUGCAGCACACCCGGGCCUGGAGUCUGCAGACGGAGCUCUGCCUGGUUCCCUGCUGGAACAGGGGAGUAUGAUCAUGGCACUGUCGGACACGGAGCAGAGGCUGGAAGCCCGGGUCAACAGGAACACCGUUUAUGGCACGCUGGUCACCUGUGCGACGUUUGUGGCCGUCCUACCUGUGCUUUAUAUGCUGUUCAGGGCCAGCUAGCCCACUGGACCCUCCUCCAGAGGGAGGGGGUAUGGAUGUGGAUUUAGUAAGAGAAUGAAGUAAUGAAGUGAACUUCCAGGGGUGUACUCAGCCUGAGUCUGCCCUCACCGGCAGAUAUCCUUUGCUUUUUAGGCAACACUAAUUGACGUUAACUAGCAAAUAUUUGUGCUCACGUCUUUCAAUUUUGUCUUAUUAAAACGUCUUUCAUUUUUCUUAUUUAAA